CCCGUCUUGAGUCAUUCAUUCCCAAAUAGUCGACACUUGCCCAAGGCCAAACUAACUCGUCACUACCAAAUCACCAUUCGUCACCGCCCCACUUACCGCCAGUCAUCGUCGCUACCGUACACAGCAGGUAGCCCGCAACCAGGCAGCAACGCAGCAACAGCACAUUGCUCACUACAGUCCCCAGGAAAUAAUCAGUAAAGAUAAUCUGUGGUAUCUAGGAGCAUAAUUCAAUGGAUCUAGCUGACAGAGCUGUUGGUUUUCUGUUGUGUUCCAUUAGCUUGUCAAUAUUCACUUACUAUACUUUCUGGGUUAUCAUCCUGCCAUUUGUAGACAGUGACCACUUCAUCCACCAGUACUUCCUACCUCAGGAAUACGCCGUUAUCAUACCUGUUCUUGCUGGUGUUACACUUCUCUGCUUUCUGUCCAUCUUCAUUGGAUCCGUAAUGCUGAAGUCCAAAAAGAAGAAAGCUUAGGGAACUUACCUGCUGUCAUUUGUCUUCAAUUUCAGAAGAAACCCUUUUGAUACGGUCUCCUAAUGACAAUCGAGGUCCUUGCACAGGCUUCUCUGUUUCAGAGUUGAAUGUAUUACGGAACCGGUUUUGUUGUUAUAUAUUACCAUAAUCAAGAAAGUUUUGUUGGAGAUAUUCUUUGAUCUGAAAUCGUCAUCGCCCGUUAUGUAUUUUACCAUCCAAAUUCUACAUUGUUAGGAAGAUGAGGAUUUUUUGAUUGAGGUGCAAAUUUGAGGUAUAUACUUCUAUGAUUUAUCCCUGUUGUUAAUUUUUAAUAGGCCUCCAAACAUGAACAUCAUAGAAGCUUAUUGACAAUUUUUCUUGAGAUUCAGGAUAUUUUAAACUUUAUUUUGUGUUUCAUUGUGCAUUUACCAGACGGAAACAUGAUAUGUAUAAUUCUAUAUUGGUUAGCAAAGCUGAAACAUGGCUAUUCAUUACCAACAUUGGGGGUGGGCGACUGGGCUAAGAAGGAAAAAUAAUCUUUAUGCUUGCUUUGUCCCAACAGUAUAAGGGAUAACUUGCUCUAAAUCAUAUCCGGCAUUGAAUUGUCAUAUGAGAUAAUAACAUUAAAAAUAUUGAAGCUUACAUCAAAUGCUAAAGUGUGCACAUCAUUAAUAAUUUAUUGAUGUGUGACAAACUAUAACAUCUCCUCUCACAUGCAAACCUUUGUCAAGUUGAAUGAGAAUAACCGAUUAGGAU